ACUUUUCACAUCACAUCACCGAGGCAGUAUACACUUGCUCUAGUUGUCUGGCAGUGGCAACAGUGACACAUAUUUCUACCUGUCCUCACACGGUGAGCAGGUGACUUCUUCUUGCAACCGGACAUCCAUUUCCCUGCCAAAGCUAAGUUUGCCGGGUAAGGUUAUUUGGAGGGAUCAGGGAAUAUUUAUCUCUUCUCGCUUUAUUCUGUUGAGCUCAGGUGGUCCUGGCUGUCAGGAUGACCACCCUCACCCAUCGAGGCAAGCGUGCGGACACGUCAACGGUUGACAGGAACGAUCUAGAGGAUGAAGACACUCAGGGUGGGACUCACUCUGAGGAAGAGAAUGACUAUGACUCCAAGGCCCUUCGGCUGACGCUUAUGGAGGAGAUCUUGCUGUUGGGCCUUAAAGACAAAGAGGGCUAUACGUCGUUCUGGAACGACAGCAUCUCUUCUGGGCUGCGGGGCGGCAUCAUCAUUGAGCUGGCCAUCAGAGGGCGCAUUUAUCUGGAGCCAACUACCAUGAGGAAGAAGAGCCUCCUGAACCGCAAGGUGUUGGUGCGGUCAGAGGCUCCCACGGGGGACGUGCUGCUGGAUGAAGCCCUGAAGCACAUCAAAGCCACGCAGCCCCCCGAGGGUGUGGCCAGCUGGAUCCAGUUACUGACAGGCGAGACGUGGAACCCCAUGAGGAUGCACUUCCAGAUGCGGAACGUGCGCGAGCGUCUGGCCAAGAGCCUGGUGGAGAAGGGCGUGCUGACCACCGAGAAGCAGAACUUCCUGCUCUUCGACAUGACCACGCACCCGCUGAGCAACACCAGCCAUAAGGAGCAGCUGGUGGUGCGGAUCCAGGAAAGCCUGCUGGAGCGCUGGGCCGGCGAGCCCCAGCGACUGGCCCGCCGGGUCCUGGCGCUGCUGGUGCUGGCCCACGCCUCAGACGUGCUUGACGGGAGCCUGAGCACGCUGUCGGACGAGCAGUACGAGAUGGCCACAACGCGCUCCAAGGCCGUGCUGGAGAGCGAGCCCAACACACAGGCGGGCAAGAGCUCCUCGCCUGCCGAUGAGGUGAUCUGGGCCGUCUUGGCCGCUUCCAACAUCUGAGGAGGGAUCUCUGCAUGUGUGGGUGUGUGUGGGGAAGUGGUAGUUGAAGUGGCUUUUCCCUUCCCAAAACGUAACUCCAAGUGGCAAUGCACUCCUGCACUCUGUUUGGCUGCGGGUCUACCAAUGUCUUGGUAGUGCUCAUCCAGGAGAUGAAGCUACCAGAAGAGGAGAAUGAAGGAUUGAGAGGUGUGUUUGUGGGUUUUUUUUUUUUUUUUAAAUGAGGUAAUUUAUUUUUCUAUUCAUGAUCUGGGGUCUUGGGGGUCCUUUCAGCUCUGAAGAAUGUACCAAUGUAAAGCUUUUAUAUUUCUGCACCAUUAUAGACUGUAUAUAGGUAAAGCUUUUCUAGGGGCCUUUUGUAUGAUUAUUAUUCUGUUUACUACAUUAUAUUUAUGUUGAGGGCAAAGUCACUUUCCUCAUCGUACGAAUCACUCCCCAGCUGGAGAUGACGUGGAUCAUAACUAGUACUGUCGUUUUGUAUCAACAAUCCAGCAUUUUUUUUUUUUUUCUGUCAAACCCUGUCUAAACAGAAACAAAAAAAGAUGAACACCAAUGUCACACUUAUAACAGAUCUACUGGAAGAGAUAUUACAUUUGUGAAAAAUGUUUUUUUGGGGCUUUAGAUACAUGCAUCUUCUCUUGUUUUCAAAGGAAGGCAGAACAAGCUGUGUUUGGCAUAAAUACUUAACAGCUACAUGACAACUUGGGACACUUAAAAGCUGAAUGCUCUGCAUGUCUGAUUCUUUCAAAGUCAGUAAAGCUUGUAUUUUGGAAUGUCA